GUUACAUCACUGUAAUCUCACUGUUCAAACUUGUGAAAGUUUGUCUUCAGUUCUUCAAUCCUCAAACGUCCUGAGAGAGCUGGACCUGAGUAACAAUGACCUGCAGAAUUCAGGAGUGAAGCUGCUUUCUGAUGGACUGAAGAGCCCAAACUGUCCGCUACAGAUACUGAGAUGUGCCAUGUGUAAUUUCACUGCUCAGUCAUGUGAGAGUUUAUCAUCAGUUCUUCAAUCCUCAAUCUCUGUCCUGAGAGAGCUGGACCUAAGUAACAAUGACCUGCAGGAUUCUGGAGUGAAGCUUCUUUGUGAUGGAAUGAAGAGCCCAAACUGUCGGCUACAGAUACUGAGAUUGUCUGGCUGUAUGGUGACAGAGGAAGGCUGUGGUUAUGUGUCUUCAGCUCUGAGUUCAAACCCCUCACACCUGAGAGAGCUGGAUCUGAGCUACAACCACCCAGGAGAUUCAGGAGUCAAGCUGCUCUCUGAUAAACUCAAGGAUCCAAACUACAGACUGGAAAAACUCAAUGUGGAUCACGGAGGAGAGAUCAGGAUUACAGGAGGACUACACAAAUAUCCUCAUCCGCUCACUCUGGAUCUGAAAACUGUGUGUUCACUCCUCCUCCUGACUGUGGAGAACAGAGUGAUUACUGGCACUGUCACUCGCACAGGGUUUCACCUGUAUCCUAAUCACAAAGACCGAUUUGAUUUUGUGCACCAGGUGUUGUGUAGAGAGAGUGUGUGUGGACGCUGUUACUGGGAGAUUGAGUGGAGUGGGUUUGUGUUUAUAUCACUGUCAUAUAAGAGCAUCAGCAGGAAGGGAGAGGGUAAAGAGUGUUGGUUUGGACGUAAUGAUCAGUCCUGGAGUUUGUUCUGCUCUCCUGACAGAUACUCAUUCAUACACAAUAACAUAGAGACUAAACUCCCUGUAAAGCCCAUCAGGAGGAGAACAGGAGAAAUAGGAGUGUAUGCGGAUCCCAGUGCAGGAACUCUGUCCUUCUACAGCAUCUCUAACACAACAAGCCUCAUACACACAGUCCAGACCACAUUCACACACACACUCUAUCCUGGGUUUUGGGCUCAUUAUAAUGGAUCAUCAGUGAAACUGUGUUGAUGAGUGAGAACAGACU